AUGUCUAACAACAGUCUGUUCGCCCUUUCUCUCAAUCCUGGCGGCAAACAGACGAUCCUGCUGCUCCAUGGAAUCUUCUCAAGCCACUUGGAAUACGCAAAUGUGGUUCCGUUUCUGAGCGAUCAUCACCUUCUGGCUGUUGACCUGCCUCGGCAUUCGCGAUCGGCUCAUGUCCGACCCUUCCAGUUGCCCGCUGCUGCCGAGCAUGUGGCAGAAGUGAUUCGGACUCAAGCUCAAAAUUGCCGCGCUCACGUGGUCGGUCUUUCGGGAGGAGGUUUCGUCGCACUAGAAUUAUCAAAGCGACAUCCUGACCUGGUUGAAUCCCUGUUUGUCACGGGUGCCUCUCCCUUCACCGGAUGGACCAAAUGGCUCGCUGAACAUCCGGGAAUUUUGUACUAUUGUAUAGCAUCCUUCGUGAAGUAUUGCCCAGAUUGGCUCUACCGGAAGAUGUGCUCAUGGGGUGGCUUGCUGCCGCACGACGAUCUCCGAAUGGAGAUGAAGAAGAAUCUUAACAAGGACUUGCUGGCAGAAGGCUACGGAAGUAUGGUGAAAUUCACCAAAGCUGAUAUAUGUUUGAUUACCGCCAGGACCCUGACAAUGGCUGGAGGAUUGCAGGACGACGUCGAGGCAACAAGAGAAAUGGGAAAGGUUCUACGCGGGAAAUGUCCAGAGAGCAAGGCGGCUGUAGUAAAAGGUGCAGUUCAUGCUUGGAAUUUACAGUUUCCGGAAUUAUUUGCAACGGCUGUACGGACUUGGAUUGGAGGAUUUGAUUCGCCUGAAGGUUUGGAAGAAUUACUCUGA